AUGUCGAAAUUAGUAUUGUCGUACUUAUUCAAAACACAUUUAGCAGAAUUUCGUUCUGCUAUAUUAGCCGAUAAUACUGAUAGAAUUUGUCGUAUUUUGGAUAUUGAACGUGAUUAUCUUAAUAAACAAAUCGAUAGUGAUGGUAAUACAGCCAUUUUACUAGCUAUUAAAUAUGCAUCACCAUUAACUGUUCGUUUAUUACUUGAACAAGGUGCUCUACCUGAUCAAUCAAAUCUAAUUACUUUUCAAACACCACUUGCUUUAGUAGCUUCUACAGUAUAUGAAGAUUAUUAUUCACAUAAAGCACAAAAAAAACUUGAAAUAGCUAAAAUUCUAUUAGAAUAUGGUGCUUAUAUAGAUAAACCUGCACCACACACUUAUAAAGAUGUAGAUGGUCAAGAUUAUUUAGCCAAAGAAACACCUUUGUUUACAGCUGUAAGAAAAAGAAAUUUACCAUUGGCAAAGUUCUUAAUUGAAAAAAAAGCAAAUAUUAAUUAUGUUGAAAGACAUUCAGAUAUGCGAGCUAUUCAUUAUGCAAUUACAAAUGGAGAUGAAGUUAUGUUUGAUUUAUUAGAUAAUAUUGGUGCUGUAUGUAGUUCUUUAGUAACUAAUGGUGGAAAUACUUUAUUACAUUGGUUUUGCUAUAAAAAACAAAAUGAUGAAUAUACAAAUUUAUUAAAUAAACUAAUUGAAAAAGGAUGUGAUAUCAAUGCAAAAAAUUCUAAUCAACGUACUCCAUUAAUGUUAGCUGUUAAAUAUAAUAUGAUAAAUACAUGUCGUAUACUUUUAAAAAAUGAAGUUAAUAUUGACGAAUGUGAUUAUAAUGGUAAUAAAGCUAUUGAUUUAUCAACACCAGGUAGUACAUGUUCAAGUUUACUUCUUCAAACAGCAAAUGAUAAAAAAUCUAAAGCAAAUGUAAAUGAUAGUCAAAAUAUUGAAUCAAAGACUAGAAUUGUUUAUAAACGACGGAUUAAUAAUGGACGACGAUCUACUACGGAAAUAACUACUAUUAAUUCUGAUACAAAAACAGAUCUAUCUACUCCAUCUACAUCUUCUAAUAAAACAGAACAAAGAAAUGCAUCACCUCAUCCAUAUGUUACUCCUGCUCGACGAUCAAAUAGUGAAGAUAUCGAUGCAAAACAUGAAUAUGUAAGGGAAAAAUUACGACAGAGACGCCUGAAACAACGAGACUUAAGACAGUUAUCCAGACAACAAACCUGUCCUACCAAUACGAAAGAAAAUUUAUCAGCAUAA